GUGAUUGGCUGUCGGAGCUGUCAGUCACGGUGCCCUUGCCACCUACUUCCGCACUGUUUCAGAGGCGGUGUACUCUUCGAUUGUUUGUGUUACUGGAGCGUUCAUUUGGCCGCAAUUCACAGGUUGUGUGUUUGGCUGUCUGUGAUGCUUGGAGAGAGGCUGGGCUGCAGGGACAGGCCGAUGGUGGAGACAUGACUUCUGAGUAACGCAUAGUUACUUUCUCUGCUCAGUAUGAACAGCGAGGAAGAGUUUUACGACGCUGAGACAGGACUGGAGUCAGAUGAUUCCUGUGAGGUCAGUUUUAAAGAUGCCCUAGUGUUUGACAGUAAGCCGGUGACUGAUGGCAGUGCCACACAUGAGAAUGGGGUGUGGGAGCGCAGGAAAACUCUGCCUGCUGAAAUGAUCUCCCGGAACGAUUACAGUGUUUGGAGUAUACUAAAGAAAUGCAUCGGCAUGGAGCUGUCUAAAAUUGCGAUGCCAGUUGUGUUUAACGAGCCGCUGAGCUUUCUCCAGAGAAUGUCAGAGUACAUGGAGCACACUCACCUCAUUCACAAAGCCUGCAGUUUGCCUGACUCAAUAGACCGCAUGCAGGUUGUGGCUGCGUUUGCUGUUUCGGCUGUAGCAUCUCAAUGGGAAAGGACUGGAAAGCCAUUUAACCCUUUACUGGGGGAGACAUUUGAACUCGUAAGAGAGGACGAGGGCUACAGAUUGAUCUCCGAGCAGGUGAGCCACCACCCCCCUGUCAGUGCCUUCCACGCCCAGUCUCUGAAGCAGGAGUUUGAGUUUCACGGUUCCAUCUACCCGAAACUCAAGUUCUGGGGGAAAAGUGUGGAGGCUGAGCCCAAAGGUACCAUGACCCUGGAGCUACUGAAACAUAAAGAAGUAUACACAUGGACAAACCCGAUGUGUUGCGUGCAUAACAUCAUCUUAGGAAAACUCUGGAUUGAGCAAUAUGGGACCGUGGAGAUAGUCAACCAUAGCACGGGAGAUAAGUGUGUGUUGAACUUCAAACCGUGUGGCAUGUUUGGGAAGGAGCUGCACAAAGUAGAAGGUCAUAUCCAAGACAAAAGUAAGAAAAAGCUGCGAGUGCUCUAUGGAAAGUGGACAGAGUGCAUGUACAGCGUGGAUCCCAAGGUUUACGAAGUGAACAAGAAGUCAGAGAAGAAGACGGGGGCUGACUCAAAAAAGCCGAAACAGGAACAAACUUGUGAAGGUGAGGAGGCCGACGAUAUGCCAGAAGUCCAAGAGACUGUGACUGUGAUACCAGGAAGUGCCUUACUGUGGAAGAUAGCGCCACGGCCUGCUCACUCAGUACAGAUGUAUAACUUCACGAGCUUCGCCAUGACACUAAACGAGCUUGAGCCAGGCAUGGAGAGAAUACUGGCACCAACAGACUGCCGGCUGAGGCCCGACAUCAGAGCCAUGGAAAAUGGAGACAUAGACACAGCGAGUACAGAGAAAGAGCGGUUAGAGGAGAAACAAAGGGCCUCGCGCAGGGAACGCUCUAAGGAUGAGGAGGACUGGAAAACCAGGUGGUUUCAGCUGGGAAUAAACCCUCAUACAGGAGCUGAGGAUUGGCUGUACGCAGGUGGAUACUUUGACAGGAUUUACACUGACUGUCCCAACAUUUAUUGACACAGACGUGCGCUGUGAGAAGAUCUCCCCUCUGAUAGGAUUCACUUUAUUUCUCAGCAUCUAAGAUUUGUGUCUUUGUGACUUCCAGACGCUCACUGGUACUGUGUCUUUUGUGUGAAUCAAUGAAGAGCAGAUUUCAAAAAACAGUUUAUCAGAUUAUGACUGUGAACCUUGUCCACGCGAGAAAUGUUAUAUUAAGAACAUUUUUUGUAGAGUUUACUCACAGUAAUUGUUGACAUGAAACAUCUCCAUCUUUAUAUGCCCUAAUCAUGAUUGUGACAAUAAUAGUCCACAUAUAUGUUAAUCACCUGUCGAGGGUUUUAAAACAGUCACCUGACCAUGCUGCUGCUGCUGCUGCUGCUGCUGCUGCUGCAGGACACAAAUCUCUGACUUCUAGAGGAUAAAUUGUCAGUUUUAGUUCAGGUACUCAACCAUAAUCUUAGCUGUAGACAAACCACACACUUAUGUAUAGUUGCAUCCAAAUAUCAGGGGUUAUUUAAACACAUCUCUUACUUUUAUAUGUAAUAAAAGUAAAUUAUAGUAUAAUUUGAAUAUUAGAUGUCUAUUUUAGUUAGCUGUAAACAUCCCUAAAAAGUCAUAAUUUUCUAUGAAUAGAGACUGGCAAUAGAGAUGAAAGCUGUUUAUAACCAUGUUUACUGGCACAGUAAACGGAUAUUGUUUGGUACAUUAUAUUGUUGUCCACUGUAACAUACUAGAUAAUGUGUAUAAUAAUUGGUGCAUGCAUGGUCACCAAGGUGAUUAUUUACACAAGUUAAAGCCAUAAAAACCUUCUCUGCACUAAGUUUAAUAGUGUAAAAGCAUUCACAUAAAACGUUAGAGCAAAGGGACACAGAGCAUAAUGGUGGUUUUCAAGGUCUGAUACUAUAAGAGCCAUGUUGAUGGGACAUCCUGAGCCUUAGUACAGUCAAAACAACAAUAAUCCUUUUAUCCUUUGUAUUACUUCCAUUUGAGGUGUAAUCCUGCUCUAAGUUUUGGAACUACAGAUCACAUAAUUGAGAGGAGGUAAACAGGAAGUAGAAUCUUGCCAUGCAGUCAGUUAGCUAAUUAACUGUAGGCUACAACUUGAUCCUCAUUCUUUUUAGCUUGUAUUUGUUUACAUUUUGGCAAAUUGGCACCAUUUAAAAGUGUUCCGAAUUAGCUAUUAGCAGGUCCUGUUUGCAAUGUACCCAAGCAUGUACGGACAACUAUCACUGGAUUACUUUGAUAUUGACGACAAUUUAAAAAUGUGAUGUUUCUCAGGCAAGUUCUGGAGUUGUAAGAACUGUCUUUAGUAUGGGACUUCUAAACAGGUUUGUUUGCAAGAUAAAGAUUACCCCCGAGAAGUGUAAGCCA